GUGGGCGGCCCUUUAGAGAGCAACAUGAGCGCCGCAUCUACCUCCGUCCCUCCGCCUCCUGCUCGCAAGCGAUUUACAGCAGUAGACGAUAUCUUUCUACUUCGGGAGGUGCUAGGCGCCAAUCCUUUUUUGACUCCAGCUCUUUGGAAUGACGUCCUCAAAGGCUUAAACGCCGCGUCGAAAAAGAACUUCUCGUUGCGAGGAGCGAGGGAACGGAUCGACCUCCUCGUAACUUUGUACAAGAAAAAUGACCGCAUCAACUUGAGAAAAUCAGGAACUGAAGAACAAUUUGACGAAAAGGCACGCCUUCUGCUUGAGUGCGUAGCACUUUAUGAUGAGUUUGGACGAAAGCCAGCAAAAACAUUGAAGGGUAAAAGGCCAACAAGUAAUGCAGCCAGCCAACAACGGGAGGAGGCAGUGAGUUGGAUCAUGCAAGAGAGCACAGGAGGAGCUGAUGAAGGUGACCAAAGUGCCACUGCACUGCUGGAAGAAAUCUAUGCGGUGCCCUCAGAUGGAGAAGAGGAGGGGAUGGCACCAACCGAACCCUGCAGCCAGGAGCCUACCUUCUCAGGGAUCUUGCGGUCGAACGGCCUGACCUCAGCUGAAAAACAUCCAGCACCUGCCACUAGGCCAACACUGCAAGGUGGUAGAAAAAGAAAGCUCAGCCGGGGGCUUGAGUUUCUUGAUAUGAAGUUUCAGGCCAAGAACCGUGUCAUGAUUGAAGAGCAAAAGCUAAGAAAGGAGCAGCAGAAAAUCGAAAAUCGCCGUAUCGACUUAGAAGAGGCACGAGUCAGCCUGGAGAGAGAAAGGCAGACGACAGAUGGCGAGCUGGCCCACCGAAAGCUCAUCAUGGAGGAAGAGGACAGGCUCCACCAGCGGCAGCUGAUGACUCAACAGGCCGAGAUAAUAGAAAAAAUGGUGGAUCAGAUGGUGGAAACAAACCAGCUGCUCCACCAGCUCCUCUCCAAAAAGUCCGAUUAAUAAGCUUUUUUUUUGUCAGGACUGUGCACUCUAGAGUAGCAAACAGGACAUUGCGGAGAGGGGGGAAGGGAAGCAGAAAGAAAGGCUCCCUGUUUGAAAACUUUGUUUGGUAUCCUUCUCUAAAUAAAGUUCAGUUCGAAAACUAGUA